AGUGGGGGAGGAAACACGUACGCUGCCUCCAUCUCGCUAAAUCCCCGUGUGCGCUUUUACUAGUCUUCCUCCUCCUCUUCCUCUCCUCCCUCCCUCCUCCACGCCGGCCAGAUGUCAGGGGUGGACUCCAGUGAGAUAGCGGAGUGGUACAGGGGCAAGAAUGUGUUUAUUACAGGGGGCACAGGGUUUCUUGGGAAGGUAUUAGUUGAGAAAAUCCUUCGCUCAUGUCCUGUGCGAAGGAUCUAUUUGCUCAUGAGGCCGAAGAGAGGUGUGGAUGUCAACCAGAGACUUGAGGAUAUCUUCAACUAUAAGCUCUUCGACAACAUCAAGAAGACACAGCCAGAGGUGGUGCAGAAGGUGUUUGCAGUGCGCGGGGACAUUACCAUGGAAGGGCUUGGUAUUAGUGACGAAGAUGAGGCGAGGCUGGCAGAAGAAGUCAACAUUAUCUUCCACGCUGCUGCCACUAUUAACUUCCAGGAACCGAUGCGUGUGGCGGUCAACAUGAACAUGCUCGGCACCAAGAGAGUGGUCAGCCUCGCCAAGAAGAUGAGAGACCUUCAGUCCCUGGUGUACGUGUCCACGGCCUACAGCAACUGCCACCUCCCUGAAGUGUACGAGGAGCUGUACCCUGCCCCCAUAGACCCCAGCAGACUGAUUCAGCUGACGGAGUGGCUGGAGGACGACCUGCUGGAAGACCUCACCCCCCGCCUGGUGGCCCCCCGCCCCAACACCUACACCUACACCAAAGCCCUCGCAGAACACCUGGUCACUGACGGGGCUAGACUUCCCAUCGCUAUUGUCAGGCCGUCCAUUGUGUGCGGGUCGUGGCGGGAACCAAUGCCGGGCUGGGUGGACAAUCUCUUCGCCUUCACUGGCCUCCUGGUUGGGAUGAGCAAGGGAGUCCUCAGAUCCCUCUACAUCAAGCCAGGCAUCACUCUGGACUUCAUCCCUGUCGACUUUCCCAUCAACCUCAUGAUCGUCUCUGCCUGGAACACCGCUGCUGGAAGAUACAGACCCAGCUCCGUGCCAAUCUUCUGCUGCUCCACGGGGUCACAGAAGCCCCUCACCAGUGACGACCUGGCCAUACACCUGGAAAAGUCCCUGCGAGCCUUCCCCUUCGACUCCCCCCUGUGGUACCCAGACGGCUCCGCUAAAACCAACAAAUUCAUGCACCAGAUUCACAUUUACCUAGUCAACAUCCUGCCGGCACACAUCGCGGACACCAUCAUGAGGAUGCUCGGGAAGAAACCCAUCGCCGUCAAGCUGUGCAACAAGAUGGUUAAGGCUGUCGGCGCGCUGGAGUACUUCAUGCUUCGCGACUGGGUCUUCCACAACACCCGCUCGCAAUGCCUCUGGGACACACUCACGCCGGUGGACCAGGACGAGUUCCACUUCGACAUAGACUCCCUGGACUGGGCCGAGUACAUUGAGACGUACCAGAAGGGGUGCAAGCAGUACAUCAUGAAGGAGGACAUGAAGGAUUUAGACCAGGCACGAAGGAAUAUGAGAAAAAUGCACUUCCUUCACCGCCUCCUUCAGCUGGUGUUCAUGUACGGUGUCUGGUGUGUCGUGUCGUCAGAGAGCGCCACGGCAUGCUACUCUGUGUUCUUCAGGGGCGCCGCCAAGCUCCUCUCUCUACCUAUGCUGGCGGCGGCGGAGGAAUUCGAAGGAGAGGCUACUGUAGAAGGCGCAGAAGUGGAAGAAAUGAGUGGUGUGUUAUAGGCUUGUUAGAAAUAGGGUUUGUGUGUGUGUGUGUGUGUGUGUGUGUGUGUGUGUGUGUUCGUCUGGUCAGGUUUCAAAUUAAUCAUGUUUAUUUUAUUUCUUGGUUUUCUUCAUUUUUGCUUUUUUUUUAUUGAGAUUGUUUUAGUUUUCUUUCUUUUUCCUCUUUUUUUUCUUUUUUCCUUCCUCCUCCUCCUCCUCCUCCUCAAACACUACCACCACCACCACCUCUUCCUCCUCCUCCUCCUCCACAUUCUACCAACUACCUCCCCCCUCUCCCCUCAACCCCUCCCCUCACCCCUACACGCCUAACUACCUCGUCAACACCGGCCGAGGCGCCUCCCUACCCCCAAAACCCCCAAAAUACCUCCCUCACCCCCCUUCCUCAAAUUAGACUGGGCAUUGUAUCGCUAUGCUGUGUAACCCCCCAUUAAUAAUUGAGGGGGGGAGGGGGGUGUAUGUGCCCCCUCUUCCCCUCUCCCUCUUUUCACCCCCCCUAAAAACACAGCCUAUGCUUGCAGUCUAUAUAAAUGAUGUGUGUGUGUGUGUGUGUGUGUGUGUGUGUGUGCGUGUGUGUGGUUCAUGCCGAUUGGUGCCCUGUGUUCAUUGCCUAUUUUCACGCUCAGAGUGGAGGAAAAAGAGAAAGAGAAAGAGAGAGAGUAGGGGGAGAGAGGAAGAAGAGAGUGAAAAAGAGAGAAGGAGAGAGAGGUUGAUAAAGAUUAGACACAGGACAAUUGAUGAUAAUGUAAUAAAUUUGAGUGGUUUGAUAAAGGAGGUGGAAAAUGUGAAGGUUAGCGUUGUAAUUUUGCUAAGAAUGAAGGAAAUGAUAAGAGGAGGUGAAUAAAGACGGGGAAUAUAGAAGAAUUGAAGAUAAUAAAAGAAGAACUCGAACUGUGGUGAUAAAGAUGAGAAAAAGAAAACAAAUGAAAAAAAAAUAAUGCGUUUCCUCGAUAAAAGAGAAAAGAAAAUGUUAAGAAUGAGGGAAAUGAUAAGAGAAGGUGGAUAAAGACGGGGAAUAUAGAAGAAUUGAGAAUAAUGAAAAAAAUAAUUGUGAUUUUGACGAUAAAGAUGAGAAAAACUUAAAAAACGUCUCCAUAAAUAAAAAAAAUAAAAAAAUGAAAAGAAAAUGAUAACUAAGAAUGAAGGGAAUGAAUAAGAGAAAGGAAUAAAGACCAGGGCAUAGAAGAAUUGAGGAUAAUGAUGGGAGAAUAGUGAUUUUGAUGAUAAAGAUGGAAAAAAUGGAAACAAAAACACAUUUCCACAAUAAAAACAAAAUGAAAUUAGUUAAAAGAUAUACAGAAACGAUAUAAUGAUGAUGAUGAUGAUAAUGGUGAUGAUAAUGGUGAUGAUGAUGACAAGUUAUAAAUAUUCUGAAGUUGUAGUUGAAGUUACGAGUUAGCAAAGACAUGAGGAGACAAAAUAUAGAUAAAUAAAGACAAGAACUUCUAAAAAUGUGGAAUAUUUUGCUUAAUUCGUGACAAAAUGAAAAAAGAAAAAGAAAAAGUAAAUCGAGAAAUAAAAAGAAUGAAACAGAGAAACGUAAAUAAAAGAAAAUUGAUAAAAAGGAAAGAUAAACGAAAACAGAGAAAGAAUGAAAGAGAGAAAAGGAAAUUGAGAGUAAAUAAAUAAAUACGAAAAUAAUUAAGAAUAAAUCAAAUUAGAUAAAGAAAAGAUAGAAUAAGGAAUGAGAAAUAGGAGAGAGAUAGAAUAAAGAAUGGGGAAUAAGGAGGAUAGAUAAACACUGAUAAAUGAGAGGAAUGGUAGAAUAUUACGAAGAAAAGGAUAAAUUAAUGAAACAAAGAGAAUUAAAUAAAGAAAAAUGAAUUAAUGAACGAGGGAAUAAGAGAACAGAAUAAUAAAGUAAAAAAAUAUAAAUAAAUAAAAAUAAA